UGAAGCCAUCAACAUCUCCGCAUUCGGACAGCCGGCUGUGCUGCUUGUGAUACAUCAACAGACGGAACGUUUGUCUGACCAACAACAAAUAGUGGCUACUCUGUACAUAUAGUUUGGCAGCAAAAUGGCAUGACCAUCAGAUACAGCAUGAUUCAUAACAUCUCACUCGGGCGCCUGCAUGAGUCGACCCACGUCGAACCAGCCAACUACCCGUCUCACCCUUCACCACCGACCCUCCAUAGCCCUGUCAUAUGCGGGUCUUGCGAAAUAAAGCCCUCACGAUCCACCCCAAAUUCGGACCACAAUCAAGUAUCCACUAACAUUGGCAGCAAGUCGUGCCGUCACGCUCCCGCGCUCCGAAUUUCCGUUGACGGGGGUCCCCGCCCUCCAACCAGAACAACUUAUUUAACCCGCGACAUGCAGCCCAUGACAUGACAAUCACACAUCCCGGAAAGAAAGAACAACUACCUAGCUCACCCUCAUCAAAAAAACAGAAUGAAAGUCCUCAUUUGCGGCGGCGGCUGCGCCGGCCCCGCCCUCGCCUUC